AACAGCCGCCGCCCGCGCCGGGGCCAUGGAGGAGUUUCACCCCCACAACGACGAGAUGAUCUUCAAUGCUGAUGAGGCUCACAACAUAGUUAAGGAGUGCAUAGAAGGUGUUCUAGGCAAGGCAGAUUAUAAUCACAACAAAGUCAACCAGUGGACUGCUGCUAUAGUAGAACAGUCACUGACACAUCUGGUAAAACUUGGAAAAACAUAUAAGUACAUUGUAACCUGUGCGGUGAUGCAGAGGAGUGGAGCUGGUCUUCACACAGCAAGCUCAUGCUUCUGGGAUACCACAACUGAUGGAACCUGCACAGUGAGAUGGGAAAACCGAACAAUGAACUGCAUUGUCAAUGUGUUUGCUGUUGCUAUUAUCCUGUAGCUGACUGGAAGAUAAAUAUAAGCAACACCAAAGCCUUUAAAAAAAAAAAAAAUCAUCCAAACACAUGGCUAAAUAUUUCAAACCAUUGUUUGUUUUUCGUAUGAGGAGUAUACAGAAGUUCUCUACAGAGAGCAUAGAGUCUAAGCCAGUUCUCAUAAUUAUCUGAAAGCUAGCAAAAGAAUUAAAAUAUAUAUGUGUAUCUAUCUAAAGAGAAAGUUUUAGUAAUUUAAAUAUUCGGAAGUAUGUUAGUGAGAAGAUGCCACAAAGAUCAAUACAAUUUAUAUCAAAGAUACUUUAUUCAAAAGGAACAAAACAUCACAUCAAAGGAAAGGUCAAAGGGCAAGCAAGACUUCUCAGGCUUAUGGUGCAUUUGGGAACAAAUUAUGAUCACAAUUCAGAGUGGAUAUACCAGUAAACAAUACUGGUGCUUCAUGUUGGAUUAAACAAAGCUAACUGUCGCAUUGAAUGCUGGUGCUUGUGAAAUUGCAUGAGCAUCCCAUUUCGGUCAAGCAUGAACAUUUACAUUGAAAUUAAAUCCAGUUAAGCUUUUCCCCUGGAGGCAGAGGAUGACUUCACUGGGACAAAGGUGAAAUAUACCUAGUCCUAGCAGAAUUCUAAUUUAUCUUCAGAGUGAAGAACAUAAUACUUGUUAUCAAUUCAGGGAAACAUGCUGGGGAUCAGACAUCAGCCCUUAAUUCAUAGUUUACAAAUCUGAAAACAUUCUGUAGGUACUUAAAUUUUAUUUUAUUCCAUGACUGCGGAAUUUGUGACAAGCACUUUAUUGAUUCCUCAUGCAGGAGCUAGGGCAGUAAGACUGGACCUACAUUACUCCCAAGUAGGAUUGACGUGUUCGGAGAGAGGGCACACACAUUUCUAGAGGCUCUUGUUAGCUCUGAAAACAUUUAUCUUAAAGCAACAUGUCUGUUCUUUAUAGAAGUGUUUCCUACGUUCUCUAAGUCUAGAACUGGAUCUUAGUCCUAUGAAAUAACACAGUUAAGUUUUAAGUACUAAGAAUUCCCCUCCUGUAAUGAUUUAUGCAAGUUCAUAACUUUGCUCAUCUGAUGAGUCUUAACUUGAAAUAUUCCUUGUGGAAGAAAAGCAUUUGCACACAUGCAAGUAUUUGCUGGAUUGGGGCCUACAUUUUUGUUGAUUAAUGCACAAAUUAUAUGGUAAAGAGAUGUGUCAAUACCAAAAAUGCCUAAAUGAUUGCUGCCACUAAGUGGCAGCUACAUUAAGUUUUCUCAGAUGCUGCUUAAGGAUAGAAUUUUUUUUGUUGUUACUGCAUGUCUUUGGAAGAGACUGGUAACUACCUAACAGCUACCAUAAGGCUGUAUGGAUUUUAACAAAUGAAUAUUAAAGCACUAUUAUGCAGUUUUGUUUGGGGUUGUUUUUUUUUUUCAGAUCACUGACUAUUGGGGCAUGUAGCAAGUGUCCUGUACAAAGAACAAGCUAAAAACCAUUUCAUUGCUUAAAUUGUGUAUACAUAUAGCUAGUAUGAGACUACAGAAGGAACGUGUGUACGUGUAAUUCACAAUACCGUUCAAAAUCUCUUGCUUUGCAGACAAAUAAGAGUUCCGCUUUUACCUAAGUGCAAGUAAAAUUAAUACUGUAAUAUUGCAUUUGCCUAACAGGCAAGUGUAGCGUGAAGAUGUAUGUGUAUGUUAUACUGGCCUUCAAAUGUAUAAUAAUUUAACAUUACUUGGGUUAGGACAGCAAUAUCUGAACUAGGUACCAGCAUCCAAGAGCCGAGUUGUGGAACUGACAAAAAUGCAGUAGUUUCACUGAUGUUUGGGAUUGCGCAAAGUGAAAAAAUAAGUGAGAUAGCAACUGGAAAAAGGUUUGGUAUGAUUGAUAGAGCAUUAGAAGUGGGUGAUUAAAAAUAGCAGUGGCUGUUAUCCCCUUUUAAAGGGUAUUCAGGUGCUAUGGUCAGAAGAAAUACUCCAAAUAGCCAUUUGUAAUCUCAUUUGGUAUUUUUGCUUUACUUGAAAAGAAGAUGCACUGAGUAAGACUGUCAGUUUAAUGAGGCUUGGUGAAGGUUCUGCUGCAGAAGAAACCCAGAAAAUACUGCUUAAUUACAAGACUGCUUCAUUUUUCUUUCUACCAAAAAAAAAUAAAGUUUUGCCUUAGUUGUA